AUGCCUCAAAAAAAUUUUGGUCCCUGCUCAAUACACAAUUGUGAUGGACAUUCAGAAAAGUUUCGCACACUUACUCCUCUUGCAUAUAAUAAGGCUAAGGAAAAAGGGACUUUACAACAUUUUCAAUAUUUAAACAUUGGUCAAGAACUCUGUUUUGCACAUUACCUGGAUAUUGUUGAAAAGAUGGUCUCCCCUAUAGAAUACGAAAGUCAAAUCGGAAGUUUAGCGCAAAAUAAAGAAAAUAUUGAACCAACAAAUAUAACAUUUUCUGAUCAAAUUAAAAUACUUUCAAGUAUUUUAUACAAGCAACGGAAGAAUAAUGUAGAUUUGGAAUUGGACCCACUUCGUUUUCAGCAAACGAUUGAAAAAGCCGAUUCUCGCUUAUGUGGAUUUUUUGAUCAAUUAACUGAAAUCUUACUUUCAGACAACCUAUCAGCUUAUAAUAAAAAUGAAGCUAAAAAAUCGGUUGUGGGCUUAUGUCACAUUAUGGCUGGCAUGAAAAAUAAGUUUGCAUAUACAUUUAAAUUAGAAGUGGGUUUAUUUCUUUCUGCCUCUGGCACAUCGACUUCGGCUAUAAAUGUAAUGCAUAGUAUUGGAGUUUCGGCAUGUUACAGGACUGUUUAUGAUUAUAAAAAAAAAAUUACACGUGAGCAUCCUACAAAAAUUCAAAGGUUUUUCCUUGAUAAUUUUAAUGACUUUUUUGUUUAUAAUUUGGAUGAUUAUCACGAUAUACAUGAAAAUAGAAGACCGAAUUCAACAACUUUAUCAAAUGUUAAGCAUAUGGCCACAUGCGUUUGUAAGCAUGUAGCAAAUUGUGCACCCAUCCCAAUUAUUUUUAAUAAUAUUUCGGUCCACAAUCCCUUGAAUAUUGAUGCUUCAAAUAUUUGUUUCCGCUUGAUACAUAAUUACCAUGGAAUCUUUGAUGUUUCUUAUAGUAUACGUAAAAGUCAAUGGAUUUCAAAUGGACAAAUGGAUUUUAAUAAUUUUGAUAUAAUCGAUUUACUUACGGUUCACUUUUAUGAUGAUGCGAUCGAUGCACGGAAAGAGAAGCGCUCAAUGAAAAUAGUACAUUCACGAAAUGAAAGUGAAUUAAAAAACGCUUUUGCUAAAACGAAACGAUAUCCAUAUACAAUAUCGAAUCUAAAGACCUUAAAAGAAAAAACAGCAAUAUUUCUUUUAGAUUACUUUUUUAAAAUAUUUAAAAGUCAAGGAAAGAGUAAACUUUACAAAAAACAAAAAUAUUCACUAUAUCAUUUGGUUUCUUUAGAUCAAGUUGUAGAUGUAAAAUGCUUACCUACAGGGUUCAGUACAAGUUUUCCACCUUCUAUAAAUACUUGCGACUAUUGCCAUAACAUACUGAAUGAAGGAGAGGUUUUAACCUGUGGUCACGGAUACCAUUAUAAAUGUUAUAAUGAAUUAUAUUACGGUUGCAACCAUUGUGAAGAAUAUUACAAGAAAGGUAUUAAUUAUAAUGUAAAAAUGUUCAUUAAAUGUUUAGAAAAAGGUUUGAAUGUUCUUACCAAUGAGGAACUACAAGACAAGGAAGAGUCCACCCCAGAAGCAGAUGAUUCUGAUGACCAAACGGAGCUAGAAGGCAUUUCAGAAGUCCAUAAUAAUUUUGUAAAUGCACUUGAGUCAGUAUUUUGCUGGUAA